GUUUCCCAGGUUCAACCACAAUUUCGAGAUGGGCGCGCAGAUUGCUCGCGAGGACCGCCGCGAGAGUAUCGAUGGAUCACAAGCGUCUGGAGGAGAACAACGUGGAAGUGGCAUGUUCAACUUCCCUGGAAACAUUGGUCCGGAAGCCAUGUCCACGCAAGGGUCGCGCUUUGUGAUCGGCGUAUGUGCGAUGGACAAAAAGGCGAACUCCAAGCCAAUGUCGGAAAUCUUGUCGCGGUUGCCAAAACAUACCUUCACGAUUGUCCUGUUUGGGGACGACUUGAUUCUCAACCACCCCGUUGAAGAUUGGCCGCUUUGUGACGCCUUGAUCGCGUUCUUCUCCACUGGGUUUCCAUUAGAAAAGGCAAUGGAAUAUGUUGAACUACGACAACCGAUUGUUGUCAACGAUUUGUCCAAGCAGUAUCUUCUCAUGGACCGGCGUGACGUCUACCGCGUGUUGGAAGAUCAUGACAUCCCGACCCCCCGUCAUAUUUUCGUCGAUCGCGAUAAUGGUCGUGAAGAGGGAAACUUCAUCGAGAGCGAAGAUUACGUCGAGCUGGAUGGAGUGCGCAUACACAAGCCAUUUGUUGAGAAACCCGUGAACGGCGAAAACCACAACAUUUACAUUUACUACCCGACAAAUGCCGGCGGUGGGUGUAAGCACUUGUUCCGCAAGAUCGGCAACCGGUCGUCCGAGUUCCACCCGAACGUGAUCAACGUGCGUCGAGAGCCAGGGCAGUCGUACAUCUACGAAGAGUUCAUAUCUACGCAAGGCACGGACGUCAAGGUGUACACAGUCGGUCCCAAUUACGCUCACGCGGAAGCGCGCAAGUCACCCGUACUGGACGGCAAGGUGAUGCGGGAUGCCGUGGGAAAGGAGAUCCGAUACCCUGUGAUCCUGUCAACACACGAAAAGGAGAUUGCAUACAAGGUGGUACGCGCGUUCGGCCAGACUGUUUGCGGCUUUGACAUCCUCCGUGUUGGCAACGAGUCAUACGUGUGCGACGUGAACGGGUGGAGUUUCGUCAAGAAUUCGCCCAAAUACUACGAUGACUGCUCUGUGCUGCUCCGUCAGUUUCUUGAGCGCGCACUUGCUGGGUUUGCCGAUCCGUAUGAAAGCAUGCAUUCGCCCCAAGAUCGCAUUUUGGUCAAUAGCUCGUCCAUGUCGUUGCUCGACGUGGGCGACGGGAGCAAUGGUGCCGAGAACGACGAGACGGAUGUUCAUUCGGAGCGGAAAUCGUCCGGGUAUCACGAUCCACUGGAAAACGAUGGCCAGGAAGAAGAGCUUCGGUGUGUUCUUGCAGUGAUUCGACAUGGAGACCGGACCCCUAAGCAAAAGAUGAAGAUGCUUGUGACCCACCGAAAGUUUCUCACGUUUUACGAAGACCGCGUGGGCCAGGGCAAGAAAAAGGACUUAAAGAUCAAAGCGAUCAAGGACUUGGAAGAACUCUUGGCCGUGAGCAAGCAAAUGAUCGACAUUUACGAAGACCGACAGCGCAAACUCAAUGGCGACGACGACGACUCGAACGAACUUGAGAAAGACCAACUCAAAGGCAUUUGCACGCUGCGUGACGUGCUCGAGCGGUGGCAGCUCUGCGGCAUCAACCGAAAAGUUCAGAUGAAGCCUCGCGCAUGGAGCAAUGACGAUAACGUCAAGUCAAUCGAUGAUGAUGCCAAAGAUCUCGACGAUUAUUCCCCCCGCAAGGAAAGUCGAGUGACGCAGUUGCUUGUGAUUGUCAAGUGGGGUGGAGACUUGACUCAUUCUGGCAUCCAGCAAGCCGAAACUUUGGGCCAGCACUUCCGUCAGAUUAUGUACCCUGGUGGGGACGGUGGACUCUUGCGCCUCCACUCGACUUACCGCCAUGAUUUGAAAAUUUACACGAGCGACGAAGGUCGCGUUCAAAAGACGGCGGCUUCAUUUGCCAAGGGUUUGCUGGAGCUUGAGGGCGACAUAGUCCCGAUCUUGGUGAGUCUAGUGCUCAAGUCGAAAGAUGCCGAUUCCAUGUUGGACCAGUCGGGUUCAUCGGCCCAAGAGAUGAUCCUGGCCGUCAAAGAACGACUGCACAACAUUCUGCAUCGAGGAGAUGACUGUGGUCACUUGCGGACAAACUCGUCGUCCCGACUGGUGCGUAGUGUGGCAGCGGCGCUUGACGUGGUCGAACAGCCCAUGAAGAAGAUGGAGCGCAUGCACAAAUUGCUUAAUUCGUUGAAGGAGCAACUGACGAAGCUUCUCGACAACGAAGCGACCGAAAAGGCCGAAAACGUGAUCACUGCGACAGAGUUUGAACGGGAACAAUCCGCGUGGGCGUACAAGCCACCACAGUUGGAGCGUCAGGGAUCGGAAACGAGCGUUGUGUCGUGUUUGGAGUUGGAACCAGUCGGGGCAGCAAUUGAAAACCGUGCCACCGUCAGUUCUGCGGGGGCACGGCCAAAGAAACCGGCUGAACACAUGGCGAACAAGACCCACAGCCCAAAACAGAACCACUCGCAUUCGAAGAAGCGGGAACCUUGCGGUCGUGAAACGUUGGAGAUGAUGCGCGAGCGAUGGGCCAAGCUAUAUCGCGACUUCUAUUCCAAGAAGCAAAACACGUACGAUCUGUCCAAGAUCCCAGAUAUCCAUGACUGCAUUCGAUACGACGCAAUGCACAACGCCCACUUGUACUUGAGUGGAAUUCGGGAACUGCUUAAUAUUUCGGCUUCCCUUGCCCAUGCCCUCGUUCCCCAGGAGUAUGGGAUUGAUGUUCAUGAAAAGCUUCACAUUGGCACCAACAUGUGUCGAUCGCUGCUGAAGAAAGUCCGCGACGAUUUGGAUCUGGCCCGUGGCUUCAAUAUCACCCAUCGCCUGAAUCCAACUUUUGCUACGACCGAUCACCGCAUCAAGUCAGCGCAUCGAUCGGUUCGCACCCGACUAUACUUUACUAGCGAGUCCCAUUUGCACACACUACUCAAUGUGCUUCGCCACAGCGUUACCGGCCACGAAGAAGAAGCCCCCGUUAGUCGGGAAGCUGUGAAAAUGAUUGAAGAAAUCCCAGAGCUGUGCUACAUGACCCAUAUUGUUGUUCGAGUGUUCGAGCGCGGAGGGUACCACAACAUGGAUCCGAAGAGAUUUCGAGUUGAGCUGUCGCUGUCGCCAGGGGCCACUGGAGAUCCCCUCACCGAAUUUUCUCCCAAGGUUCCUCUCUCUGUGGCGCCCCUGAAAAUCAUAUCCCGUGAAGGACUGACCUGCCAAGAGUUCCAAGACUAUAUCUGCAACGUGAUUUCGUUUGGCAGCUCCAAGCAACAGCCCGAGUAAUCUUAAAAAAUCGGCGUGUGUCAUUGGUAAUCGUGUGUCUCGGGCUCCAUCGGACAUUGACUCGAGUCUCUUUUGAUGGUUGGUGACGGCGGCGACUGCUCACACGCUUCUGGCUGGCGAGACUGUGGCAUCGACGACUCGAAAUGCGAAAUCUCGUCGUCCUUGGACUUCAAGUGGACGAACUCUUCCUUACCGCUGUCAAGGUGGACAAUUUCCUUGUUGAGCUCUUCCGACUGCUCGAAGUACGUGAUCUCGCGGUGGGCGAACUCGCCCGUCGUCGACUCCAUGUGAAUGAUCUGCCGAGAUCCACAUGAGGCUCGAGAGCGCAGCAGAGUUUACCUCGUGUUGGUGCUUUUCCUUUUCAAUGAGAUGCUGUGGAUUGCCUUGGUCGUCGAUCUUCGUGUACUCGACAAUCCGCUCUUGGAUGGUAAUUUCGCGCUUUUUCCACAGCCCUGGCGUGAGCACGGGCGCCCCACCAGUCGCUUGCUGCUUGGUAAGGGUGGUCAAGAGUGCCAGUUGGUUCUCUUUGGGCGGAGACCUCUGGUUCUUGCUUGGUUGGGGCAACAUGUCCUUGGGGAUAUACAUGAGCAACACGCGAAAUCAUGGAAGCAGUGUCGAGAAGUCGAAGGUAUGGCGGCGUUGAGGUCAACUCACGUU